UCAAUGGCACGGUAACCUGCGUUACCAGCCUCCAUUGCAAUGCGGUGGCGCGCCACAGAUCUUUCCCCAGUCUAGUGUUGGCUGUUCGGGGAUAACGCUGAGCGCUAUUCGGUCAUGUGAUUCACGUUUUUUUCUUCCUCCCCCCCCCCUCCCCCCCCAUGCUUCUUCGAAGUUGAAAGGCAGGAGCAGAGAGCGGCGGAGGGGCCCAGCUUGCCUUCCUACUGGUCGUGGAUGCAACGUUUUCGUCCCUCUUCCACCACAUUAUUCCUUGUUUCUCGCUCCGUGUGAUAUUUUAACUCCAACCUUUCCUUCGCCAUGGCGGGGGCUAUCAUUGAAAAUAUGAGCACCAAAAAGUUGGUGAUAGGGGGAGUUACUCUGCUAUUGUUUCAGGCGUUUGCCUUCAUGGUCGGCGGUUUAAUUGCUCCCAGCCCCACAACAGCGGUCCACUACUUGGCCACCAAGUGCGUGGACACAACAAAGCACCGACAGGAAACCAAAUGGUUCAUGCCUUGGGGUCCUAACCAAUGCGACAAGAUCCGGUCCUUCGAGGAGGCCAUGGCCAAGAAGAUCGAGGCCAACAACAUUGUGUUUGCUGUCCACAUUCCUCUGCCUAACAAGGAGAUGAGCCCCUGGUUCCAGUUUAUGCUGGUCAUCCUACAGUUUGACAUCGCAUUUAAGAUGCACAACCAGAUAGAGGAUGGAGCGAUGGCCAACAUCGAUGUGGGCCUGGCCUACAGAGACGACACAGUCAGCGAGUGGACUGAGAUGGCUCACUCUUACGAGCAGAGGAAGCUCACCUGCCACUUCAAUACUGCCAAGACCUUGGAGAACGAGGGACGUUACUAUGAGUGUGACCUGCUCCCUUUCAUGGAGGUCGGCAGCGUGGCCCAUAAGUACUACCUACUCAACAUCCGUCUGCCCGUCAACGAGAAGAAGAAGAUCAAUGUGGGGAUCGGAGAAAUCAAAGACAUUCGUCUUGUUAGCAUCCACCAGAAUGGAGGCUUCACCAAAGUUUGGUUUGCCAUGAAGACAUUCCUCACACCCAGCAUCCUCAUCAUCAUGAUCUGGUACUGGAGACGGAUCACCCUCAUGAGCAGACCCCCUGUGCUACUGGAGAAGGUAAUCCUUGCUUUGGGUAUCUCAAUGACAUUCAUCAACAUCCCAGUGGAGUGGUUCUCUGUUGGCUUCAACUGGACCUGGAUGCUGCUUUUUGGAGACAUCAGGCAGGGCAUCUUCUACUCCAUGCUUCUCUCUUUCUGGAUCAUUUUCUGCGGGGAGCACCUCAUGGACCAGACCGAGAGAAACAGUUUCUCAGUCUACUGGAAGCAGGUUGGACCCAUUGUGUUUGGCUCCUUCUGCCUUUUUAUCUUUGACAUGUGUGAGAGAGGGGUCCAGCUGACAAACCCCUUCUACAGCAUCUGGGCGUCUGAUGUAGGAACGGAGCUUGCUAUGGCGUUCAUUAUUGUGGCAGGGAUCUGUGCUUGCCUCUACUUCCUCUUCCUCUGCUUCAUGGUUUUUCAAGUCUUUCGCAACAUUAGCGGUAAGAGGACGUCCCUGCCCGCCAUGUCCAAGGCCAGGCGGCUGCACUAUGAGGGUCUGAUUUUCAGGUUCAAGUUCCUCAUGUUGGUCACUCUGACCUGUGCUGCCAUGACUGUCAUCUUCUUCAUCAUCAGUCAGGUGAAUGAGGGCCACUGGCACUGGGGAGAGCACACGGUGCAGGUGAACAGCGCCUUUUUCACCGGCAUCUACGGCAUGUGGAACCUGUACGUCUUCGCCAUCAUGUUCCUCUACGCCCCGUCUCACAAACGCUAUGGAGACGAGCACUCAAGUGGUCAAUGCAUCGCUGGAGACGCCGGGGGAAACGGUGGAGAGGACAUCCAGCUGACUACCACCAUCACCCAUGUGGACGGCCCCACCGAGCUCUACAGGAUGACCGGCAAAGAGUCCCAGGAGUAGACGUCCCGCUAUUGCUAGGACUCGCCUGUACUACCUACUGCUCCAACCCCCCCCCCCC